AUGGGCUUUCAGCAUUACCAAACUGGGAGAUUGCACCUACAGCCCUGGAUCGGCUACGUCUCUGAGGAGCAGUCACUGCCCUGUGCUGAGCCUGCAUUGUCAACUGGCCACAGAUGUCCAAGCUCACCAGGGUCCUCACGGUUUGACAGUGCUUUCUUGGCAUUCGGGGAUGUCACUGUGGAUUUCACCCAGAAGGAAUGGAGGCUGCUGAAUCCUGCUCAGAGAGCCCUGUACAGGGAGGUGACACUGGAGAACUACAGCCACCUGGUCUCACUAGGAAUAUAUGCAGAACAUGUCCUGCGGCCCAAGAAUCUUGGACUUGCACAUCAGAGGCAACAGCAACUACAAUUUUCUGAUCAAAGCUUCCAGAGUGACACAGCUGAAGGUCAAGAGAAAGAAAAAAGCUCUAAGCCCAUGGCAUUUUCCAGCCCACCCCUAAGACAUGCAGUAAGCUCGAGGAGGAGGAACAGUGUAGUGGAAAAAGAGUCUAGUCAAGGCCAGAGGGAAAAUCCUACAGAAAUAGACAAAGUAUUGAAAGGAAUAGAAAAUUCAAGAUGGGGAGCAUUCAGAUGUGCAGAGCGUGGGCAAGACUUCAGCCAGAAGACGAUAGUAAUCAUACACAAAAAAGCACAUUCCAGGCAGAAACUUUUUACAUGCAGGGAGUGUCACCAGGGCUUUAGAAAUGAGUCAGCAUUGCUCUUGCACCAGAAGACACACACAGGAGAGAAGUCCUAUGUAUGCAGUGAGUGUGGGCGAGGCUUCAGCCUCAAGGCAAAUCUCCUCAGACACCAGAGGACACACUCAGGAGAGAAGCCUUUUCUGUGCAAGGUGUGUGGACGAGGCUACACCAGUAAGUCAUACCUCACUGUGCAUGAGAGAACACACACAGGAGAGAAGCCUUAUGAAUGCCAGGAGUGUGGGCGAAGGUUUAAUGAUAAGUCCUCAUACAACAAGCACUUGAAGGCACAUUCAGGGGAGAAGCCUUUUGUGUGCAAGGAGUGUGGGCGAGGCUAUACUAAUAAGUCAUACUUCAUUGUGCACAAGAGAAUACACUCAGGAGAGAAGCCUUACAGAUGCCAGGAGUGUGGCCGAGGCUUUAGCAAUAAGUCACACCUCAUCACACACCAGAGGACACACUCAGGGGAGAAGCCCUUCGCGUGCAGGCAGUGUGAGCAAAGCUUUAGCGUGAAAGGAAGUCUCCUCAGACACCAGAGAACACACUCAGGGGAGAAGCCUUUUGUGUGCAAGGAUUGUGAGCGAAGCUUUAGCCAAAAGUCAACUCUCGUCUACCACCAGAGAACACACUCAGGGGAGAAACCUUUCGUUUGUAGAGAAUGUGGGCAAGGGUUUAUUCAGAAGUCAACCCUCGUGAAACAUCAGAUCACACACUCAGAGGAGAAGCCUUUUGUGUGUAAGGACUGUGGACGCGGCUUUAUCCAAAAGUCAACCUUCACUUUACACCAGAGGACACAUUCAGAGGAGAAGCCUUAUGGAUGUCGGGAGUGUGGGCGAAGGUUUCGGGAUAAGUCCUCGUAUAACAAGCACCUGAGGGCACACUUGGGAGAGAAACGUUUUUUCUGCAGGGAUUGUGGGCGAGGCUUUACCUUGAAGCCAAAUCUCACCAUACAUCAGAGGACACACUCAGGAGAGAAACCUUUCAUGUGCAAGCAGUGUGAGAAAAGUUUCAGUUUGAAGGCAAAUCUUCUUAGACAUCAGUGGACACACUCAGGGGAAAGGCCAUUUAAUUGCAAGGAUUGCGGGCGAGGCUUCAUCCUAAAGUCAACUCUCCUCUUCCACCAGAAGACACACUCGGGGGAGAAGCCUUUCAUCUGUAGUGAAUGUGGGCAAGGAUUUAUCUGGAAGUCAAACCUUGUGAAACACCAGCUUGCACAUUCUGGCAAGCAGCCUUUUGUAUGCAAGGAGUGUGGGCGAGGCUUCAACUGGAAGGGAAAUCUCCUCACACACCAGAGGACACACUCAGGGGAGAAGCCCUUCGUGUGUAAUGUGUGUGGACAAGGCUUCAGCUGGAAGAGAAGUCUCACCAGACACCACUGGCGGAUACACUCAAAGGAGAAGCCUUUUGUGUGCCAGGAGUGUAAGCGAGGCUAUACCAGUAAGUCAGACCUCACUGUGCAUGAAAGAAUACACACAGGAGAGAGGCCUUAUGAAUGCCAAGAGUGUGGACGAAAGUUUAGCAAUAAGUCAUACUACAGUAAGCACUUAAAGAGACACUUACGUGAGAAGGGUUUUUGUACAGGGAGUGUGGGUGAGGCUUCAUCUUGAAGUCAUAUCUCACCAGCCAUCAGAGGACACACACAGGAGAGUAAUUUUGCUUUGUUACAAGCUUUAGUUGAGGCUGCAUAACUUGUUUGUGAAGAUAUAACAAAGGCAGACAGAAUCCAGAGGGCCACAGAGAACCUGAAUUCAACCCAUGUGUCCCCAGGCGAUUCGGAGAAAAGAGGUCAAUGUUUAAGGAACAGAGAUGCCAGUUGAGGGGAGGGCAUUAUCUGGGCUACUGGGGAAAUACGGUCUCUUUCCUACUGAGCACAUAUUCUUGUAUUUGUGCCAGGCUGUGCUUUCUAAGCACUGUUCUUAGGCAGUGACUGCAGAGCAGGGAUACCAAGGGAGGUCUGUUACUGACAAUCUCCCCAACCUCCUUGGACUGCAAGCAAUCUAGGACACCUCCACCAAACCUCUUCUUGCACUUUCCUUCCCUCUGGCUGCCCUCCCAGCCUUCCUUGGUUUGAAUGUUUUGUCUCCUCCUUAAUUUAUGUUGAAACGCUACAUAAACUGUUUACUGUU